AAAUGAAGUGAGUUAUAUCUAUUUCAGCUUGUGGAGGGUGUGGUGCAAAGGAGUUUUCAGUAGCUUCGCUGCCUGAGCUUGGGCAGGCACUGUCAUGCUGUGGGGAGCGUUGUAAGAAGUCACUUCUUGGGGUUCACUCUUCUCAGUUUUCAGCUUCCUGGCCACCCUGUUCCUGACCCAGUGCUAGUAAAGAGGUAACAGGCCAGAUGCCUUGGGUCACAGCAAGGCUAUCUCUAGCUCAGUUUCCUGAAUGCAGUGGAAAGUAAUGCAUGAGGGUCAGGGAAAAAAGUAAGAAAAGGGCAAAUGUGCAAGGUGAUUUUGCAAGCUUCUCCCAGUCCUCAGCUCAGACACUUCGCCAGGUGAUCAAGAGCCCUUCAGGUGGAAUCCUUCAGCAAUGCUGCUGCUGCUGCUGCAGGUCUUGACCAGCUGCCUUUGGCUGGGACAUGGCGAGGUGGUGACAUCCUUGCAAAGUUCAUGCCCUCAGUUUUUCUUCCAGAAAACACCCCCAAAUGCAGCCCUAACACCUCAAAACCCAGCCUGGAUCUGCCAGCGUUAUGGGAACAAAUAUUACUUUGCCACCUUGUACGACAGGAACCAGCGCAUUCCUGUAUACUCUGCUUAUCUCUAUCAGCCUGGACCUGGCAAGAGACCUAAUACAUGGUUGGUGGAGCCCCAGCUGAUGGGUCAAAAUUAUCCAAAAACUAUGGAAAAAGAGUGGACCCUCUUAAAUAAUUUCAAAGUCAGCUUAGAGCAACUCAGCAAGAGCCAAGCUAUCCUCCAAGACUACAAGAACCUGACAGGCUUAAACCGUGGUCAUCUGAACCCCAGUGGCCAUCAUGGCAACUCCAGCAGCAGGAGGGCUACCUUCACCCUGACCAACAUAGUGCCUCAGGAUGUGAAACUCAAUGGAGGAGCUUGGAAUAACUACGAGCAGCAAACGAUGAUGAGAAUGACCAAGGGCUGUAAAACCACCUAUGUUGUCGUGGGUGCUGUGCCUGGGAACAACUAUAUUGCCAACAGAAGGGUUAAUAUACCCAGUUACAUCUGGUCGAGUGCCUGCUGUGAGAUGGAUGCCAACAACAUGAAGGCUUGGGGGGUCAUUGCUGAGAACAACAGAAAUGAGGUCCAGCUCCUCACACUGGGGGAGCUGGAGGACUCGUUGACUGUGCUCUAUGGGAGGGAAUCAGUUUCUCUGUUUCACAGUGCUUGUCCCCGGAAAUAAGCUCUAUUUCCCAUCCCAGGUGUAAAAGGCUCAGGAACCAUCACUACUAAGAUCAUCACCUCGUGCCUUUGCAGCAUCUGUCCUGCUUCUUUCUCUAGUGCUUUUCCAGCUCUGUCUCUCUGAGCACCUUCUCCCCUGAAGAGAGGGAGAAAGAGGUCAGCAGAGCCUCCAGCUGGUUUGCUUUGCUGCCUGUCCUUGGAGAGAGCUCUCAGGGAGGAGUCCUUGCCAUGGCCACUUUGGAGGAGCAGUUUGGGUAACAGCCCAUGAGCAAGGAAAUCAGAGUUUGUCAUUGAGACAAGAGGGGCUUUUCCUUUUCCCCCUUUUUCCUCCAUGCCCAUAUACAGAUUGGAGUUCCUUGCUGUCCUGGUUAGAUAUCAUUGAAAAUGGUCUGCUGACUUGUCCUCACCUGUUCAGAAAGGCUGUGGGUCUAGGGUGGGAAAAUGGGCCAGGUUAUGAAUUCUCCCUCUAUGGAGAUACUCAAGCCACAACAGGACACAGUCCUGGACAACCUGCUCUAGCUGACCCUGCUUGAGCAAGGGUCUGGACUAGAGGGCCUUGAGAGGUGCUUCACACCCUCAACAAUUCAGUGGUUUUGUGAUUCAUCCUGAACUCACAUGAAGACCAGGCUUACGUACAUUUACUAGUGGGUUUUGGUUUGCUUGCUUUUGGACCAUGUGCCUUGAGAGCAGGAGCUGAGGUAUCAGAGAACCAGGCUCAGGGGUCAGAUGUACACAGGUUUUGACCAGUCAAAAAUAAAUGUCUGUGAUGCUCUGGUUGUCUAUUUUUAUUCUCUGCUCAGCUUCUGAACCUUUUCUGCAGAUUUAUGAAUAACUGACUUUGCAAAUUACAUGAAAUGAGUAUAUAAAUAAUGGGUAUGAAUAAAUAAUUUUCUGGAGUAUAUUCAA